AUGCAGCUCUCGGUGACGGAGGACGGCUACGUGCAUUUCGGGGACAGCGUGAUGCUGGUGAACCCCGACCACCCCGAGGUCCAGGCCGACCAGUUUCUCCCCGGAGACCUCAGCCUGUGCCUCACUCCGGACGAGAUCAGAGCCCACUUGAGCGACCGGUUCGAGCUGCCCUGCGGCCUGAGCGCCUCGCCCACCAGGACCCCCGUUGGCAGGAACACCUUCACCGUGUUGAGGGCGGACAGAGAGGACAUCGGCCAGGUCCUGCGAUUCGGGCAGAGCUUCCGCCUGGGGAUCACCCUGGGGUGCGAGGACCAGAUGUUAUACUUGUCCAGCGACCUGAGGACGCUGCUGCGGUCGGCCAAGAUGUCCUGGCUCCAGGAGGUGUUCCUGACCGACGAGGACUCCUUCCUGAACUGCUGGCAGGCCGCCCACCCCGACCCCGAGCUGCGCCUGGAGUGGGAGGGCCUCCCUGUGCUGGCAAACACCAGAGUCCUCAUCAAUCACUGCCACACCAACCGGGGGCUGGCGGUCCACCGCUACCUCUUCCUAAGGACCUACUUCGGGAAGGAGGCGGAGGUCCGCCUUAGGGGCAGCAGGAGCUCCACCUGA